UCUGCCGAGUUCAUUAGCUUCCUGGGUACUCUCCUUUCCACCACUCAAGUUAGCCAGAGCGUCAUCAUUCUCUCGCUUUAUUACAUCUACCGCCUGAAAUUGAGCAAUCCUCACAUACGAGGUAUGGAGGGGAGCGAGUUUCGGUUGGCAGUCAUCGCGUUGAUGCUAGCCAACAAAUUUCUCGACGAUAAUACAUACACCAAUAAAACCUGGUCGGAAGUGUCUGGGAUCAGUCUUGGUGAAAUCAACCUAAUGGAGCGUGAAUUCCUUGCUGGUGUCGAACACAGCUUAUACAUCGACUAUGGUACCUACCAACAUUGG